GCGAGCAUCACCGAGAUGCUCAAUGUCAUCCAUGUCAUCAUCACUGCUCUCGAAGCCAAGAAGCUGCAGGCCGUGCUUGACAUGUUUACCUGCGUAUGUGGUACGUCGCACAUGAUUAGGCCGGUCAUGAUCUCUCGGGAAGCCCAAAGCAUUUUCAAAGAGAUAGGCAACUCGCUAGAGAGAGAAGGAAACAAGCUAAGCGAGAUCAUAUCAAACACGACCAAGGAGGUGAGGACGCUCAUGGAGGAAGAUGACUCAUGGGCUAUCGAGAUCCUGCAAGGAAGCGGCGAGGUUCACAAGAACACUCGGUUCAUCAUGGAUUGCAUAGUAUCCAUGACGAAUGCACGAACAUCAAUGCACAAAUCUGAACCGAGCCACAACAGUGAAAACCUUGGUGGCCUGAUCGAUAUCGAGUAUCUGGAGGAUCUGCUUCUGAGAAAAUCAUGGUUGCUCUCAGAUCCAAGCCUCAGGUACUUGUUCCUGCUCAACAAUUCCUAUUUCGUAGCUCAUGUAGUGUCUGAGUCAUCAGGAUCGUUCAUUCCUGAUGAUCCGCGGGACCUCACACUUAAACUUACGCCUGAAUGUAAGAAGUACAUGGAUAGUUAUCUCGAUUUUUCUUGGGGACAUGUGCUCUCCUGCAUACCAAAAUCGAGAUCUCCUGGAUUGAUCCAUCGUUUGACCAACACCUCUUCACUGGCCAAAUUCCAGUCGGCAUUUCACGAAACGUACCAGGCUCAGAAGUUCUGGAAGGUUCCAGACCCUCGGCUCAGAGAUGUGCUGCGGAGAGCUAUCAUUGAGAGAGUCAUUUCAGGUUACCUCGACUACCUGCAGGAGCAUCCGGAGCUAGAGAAACAUGUUGGCCGCGAAAGCAGCAGUCCUCAAGUUUUGGAGGAGAUUUUGGGAGAGCUAUUUGAAGGAUGA